CCGAUUGAAGAUAUUUUAACUGAUGCUGAGUUAAUUCAAACAUCAAAACGAAACUCAUCCUUUCAUUAUAAGAUCAAAAUUGGCAGCUGGACGAGAACUAAUGGUUUGCAAAAAAGCUUUAGCGGGGCUUUAUGGUAUAAAGUUUGGUAGGAUUGAUCGAAUUGGGCAAGCUAAAAAAAGUAACUCGGGUCCUCCGACCGACAAAAGGGGUUUAUCUGAACGAUCCAGGGUACUUAAAAAACCAGAAGCUCUAAUCUGACAAAUUG